UUUUUUUUUUUACUAUUGGUUUUCAGGGGAAGUCUUUAUGGGAAUAUUUAGCUGGUGUUUUUUAAAAUUUACAUGGACAGAAAAAUAAAAAGUGCCUCUGUUAUGAGCUAAGAGCAGCAGAUCCAGGAACUGAAAGGAGAAGUAGAGAUCUGCGCCCGGGCCUAUGUCAAGAUGUGCCUCCACGCUGCCCGCUACCCGCACAUGGCUGUGAAUGGGCUGCUCUUGGCACAAAAGCGCCAGGCGACCAUGGCGGGGCAGCCCGACUGCCUCUGCAUUACAGACUGCAUCCCUCUCUUCCACAGCAACCUGUCUCUCACAGUGAUGCUGGAGGUGGCACUGAACCAGAUUGAUCUCUGGAGCACAGAGUCUGAUCUGCUCCUUGCCGGCUACUACCAGGCCAACUCUGGGAUUGACGACAAGAGCCCUUCUCCCCUCGCUCAAAAGACUGCUGGACGUAUAGCGGAAUUGUAUGAUGAUGCGGUGCUGAUAAUGCUAGAUAACCACAAGUUUACAACAAAUCCCCGAGUGCCUCCGAUAAUUGUGUUGGAACAGAAAGAUCGGCAGUGGGUCCCCAAAGACAAAAACCUAAUCAUGUGGCGUGACUGGGAAUCUUCUCGCCACAUCUGCAAGUCCCUCCUAGAAGCCAAAGCCUACACCCAAUUGGUCGACUUUGAUGUCCACCUGGACGACAUCAGAGAGGACUGGACCAAUCAGCAGCUCAACACAGAAAUUGCACAGCUGGUGUCAGUGGCCAAUGGCAGCGCGUAAAGGACUGUGAUUGGUCGGCAGCAGGCAAGACAACAGGGAAGGGCAAGAAGAGGAGCAGAGAAUCAUCUCAGACUACCACUAAAAAAUAAAAUAGGUGAACAGUUACAAAAAGAAGCUGUGGAUUUGGAGUUGGCAGUUUUUGUUCCUUCCCACAGCAAUGGACACCCCCAAAAUAUUCGUAGUAUGCAAAAAAUAAAUAAAGGGAGUAUAGCAGCGACAA